AUGCGACUUCUCCUCUGCCUCCUUCAGCUUGCGCCACUGGUUGGCCAAGCUUCAGCGACACCGUUCGACACCGCGCAGCCGCAGCCGCAGCAGCAACCCUUGCUAUCGAGCAACGACACCAAGCACGCCGCACCCUCGCUGCCCGUCUCCGCCGAGCUUUUCCGAUCCCUCGAGCGCACGUCGCGCAUUGUCGACAUCACCUACUGUGUCGGCACCUCGGGUAUAUCACAGCCCUUCUCGUGUGUCUCGCGCUGCAAGGAGUUCCCAUCCUUCACACUCGUCUCGACCUGGAACACGGGCGUCCUGCUUAGUGACAGCUGCGGCUACAUUGCCGUCGACCACGGCGUUCGCAGGCCCGGUGAUGAGGACAGAUUCAAUGGCAAGGUCGGGGAGAAGGCCAUCAUUAUCGCCUUUCGUGGCACCUACAGUAUUUCCAACACGAUUAUCGACUUGAGCACCAUUCCACAGGAAUAUGUGCCGUACCCAUCUCCCGAUGACGGCGGCGAGGCACCCAAGGAGCCCAAACGCAAGUGUAAAGACUGCACUGUCCAUAUGGGGUUCCUGACGUCUUGGCGCCAGGCGCGGAGGCUGGUCAUCCCAGAAGUGAAGAAGCUGAGGAAGCAAUACCCGGACUAUCCUAUUCACCUGGUCGGUCAUAGUCUCGGUGGCGCUGUCGCCAUGCUCGCGUCUCUUGAGCUCAAGGUCUCCUUGGGCUGGGACAAUAUCAAAGUCACGACCUUUGGUGAGCCCAAGGUUGGCAAUCAGGGCCUUGCAGACUAUGUCGACGAGGUCUUUGGGUUAAGGGACGAAAAGGACGAGAAUGUUUCGAAGCGGACCUACCGUCGCGUGACUCACGCCGACGACCCUGUGCCGCUGCUUCCGCUUACAGAGUGGGGAUACAAGCCUCACGCCGGCGAGUUCUACAUUGCCAAGGCUGAGCUAUCUCCGUCUCUCGAGGACGUCGUGGCUUGUCGCGGCGACAGCGACGCGAGCUGUAUCACCAAGGAAGACGAUAGCUUCUUCGGAGCCAGGGUGAAGGACUUUGUCAAAGUUGCUACAAAGUCGACGUUGGCGCCGCCAGAGGGACUCGUCGAAGAGGCCAACAGGUGGAUCAAGAGGCUGCCGGGCUUCCCGGCUCGGUUGAAGCUUUGGCAGCUGCUUUUUGCGCACCGCGACUAUUUUUGGAGACUCGGGCUGUGUAUGCCUGGAGGCGACCCGGCGAAUUGGGGGAGAGACAAGUACGGAGGCGGCCAUGACAAUUUACUGUCAGAAGAACUGUGA